AAGAUUUCCUUGUUAUAAAUGAAGAGAAUAAAGAGCAAGAACAUUUUAUGGAUAAAGCAUCAAAUGAUUUUAUAAAUGAAGAAGCUAUGGAUUCUGAAUUUGAAAUAGGAUUUUAUUUUAUUAAAGGUCGCGUUACUCAGAAAAAUAGAGUUCUUUGUCGAAGAACUUAUUUAUGUGAUCAUAAAGGGUUUUACGAAUCAAAUACUGAAAAAGAUAAUGAAAAACAAUUUACUGCCGAAAUGCUGGCCAAUUUUCACAUUCGAAUGCUGUCUUCACAUUGGUACAGUAUAAAAGAAAUUGGCGCAGAGAAGCUAUUUAUAGUAGCAGACAAGUUUUCUAUAGAAGUACUAAAAGCACCUGAUUUUCCAGUUCCGUAUUUGUAUCUUAAACAAGAAAAGUCUGAUUUCCGAGCAGAAAAUUUGACAACUCUUGAACAAAAAAUGAUGUAUGGAAAUAUUCAUGGCACAUACAAAAGGGCCCUUCAUAAAGCAUUACAGAAUAAAACAAAAUCACAACAUUUAAUCAAAUUGCUUAAAGAUUUUGUUGAAGAUGAUGAUGACAAGCAAUUUGAAUCAGAUGAUUUGCAAGAAAUUGAUAGUCUGGAUGAUAAAAAAGAAAAUAGCGAUCCUAUGAUUCCCUAUAUACAAAACCCAAAAAUACACCAUGGUAGAGGUCGUUCCAAAGGUAUCAAACGUUUAAAAUCGGCAUAUGAAAUAUCAAAACCUACAGCAAAUCAAUAUCGAUGCAAAAAGUGUAGUG